AUGGCCGUUGUCCAGAUUGCGCAGUGUCUUAAGUCUGAAAGACCGUUGCAAAGAGAAAGCUCCUCUCGCCACCACCAAGAAAAUGGUUUUCAACUGGGUGCAAAUACCACCCACAUCAGUAGCGUCGUGAAGACCCCAAAUGUACGCACCGACGUUCAUAGAGGUUUCGAAAACCCUGGUAUGGCUAUUGCCUAUCUUCAAGUCAACAAGAAUAUUAAGGAUUCCGACGCGAAAGAAUUUCUGAGGGAGAGUGACACGGGCAGCGGUCACAAAACAGCUCAAGAAGUACUCGCCGAAAUUCGAUAUUCUCGAGUCAACUUCAAUGAGAAAGAGCUUCAAGCACACCAAGAUUGUCGCGGACCUGCCAGAUCACGGUAA